CAAUCAAAGAGCCCCCUGCGUGAUUUGACUGGCAGAUCCAACCACAACGCGUCUAUUUCCUCUUGUCCCGCCCUCCCCUGCUUCCGACUGGCGGGUUUCAAACCCACGGGAACCAAUGAGAGUGGGCGCACGCGAGACGCGCCGGCCUUGACUCCAGGCGCGGCCUUUGAAGAAGAACUGUAGCUGAGGAGUCAUGGUGCGGCCGGGGCCCUCCGCCGCCGCGGAAGAGCGGCAGAGAAAGCUCCAGGAGUACCUAGCAGCCAAGGGAAAACUGAAGUGCCAAAACACCAAGCCUUAUCUAAAAGCCAAGAAUAAUUGCCCGAAUCCUCCACCAUCUAAAUCUACUAUUAGACCUAAAAAGGAUGUUACCAACCAUGUUGCUUUGCCUGUCAAAGCCACAAGACCCAUCAGCAUUAAACGUCAGUCCAGACCUGCCAGUAUCACAGGGUCCCAGAGGCCAAAGUUGGAGCCACCAAAACUUCUGGGCAAAAAAAGGCUCACUUCAGAAUGUGUUUCUUCUAACCCAAACUGUAAGCCUUCCGGAAGUAGUCAACAACAGCAUGAAUUUGGAUCAUCCACUACUGGAGAACUGUCAAGAAAAACCAUGGGGUCACUUAAUAUACAGGAAUUGAAAACUAAAAAGCAGCAGGUUACACAACAAGGAACUGGUAAAUGUACAGACUCUGUGGACAAUACCCAUGUUGAAAGUGAAUCCUUGGGUAGCUGUCUAAAAGAGAUGAAUAAAGAGAACUUGCCUCAGAUCUUAUCAGACUCUGAGAGGAAGCCAAAUCCUGAAUUAGGCACCGUAAGUAAGCCAAAAACUAAUCAAACCAGGAGCAGUAUGGCUCCUACUAAAGAAGUCUUGGGCAAAAGGUCAGUGAAUAGUGCUAUUCUGAAAGAGAGAGUUAAUAAACAAUUUGUUGAAGAAACACAAAUCAGGAUUCCACCAGAGAAGUCUCAGCAACUCUCUCGAGGAACAGAUCUUGCAAGACCAGGGGGAAAACCCCCCAAAACAGUUUCCUCUCACUUUGUCCAGACAUUUAACAGGACCCAAGCAUCAAAGAAAACAGUGGUUAAGGACAUAAAGAAUAUAAAGGUUAAUAGGGGUAAGUAUGAAAGACCAAAUGAAACUAAGUUACAGUCAUGCACUGUUACUGAACAGAAAGUAAAACAUAGCAAACCCAGCACAUACCCCAAAGUGCUUCAAAGAGGAUGUAACGACAGACAUCCAAACACAAAGCAAGAUCAUAAACCCACGCAAGCUUGUUGUAGACAUCGGACAUCAUAUGUACUGCAAAAAUCAAAAGCCAUAAGCCAAAGGCCUAAUUUGACAGUUGGCAGCUUUAACUCAGUCAAUCCAAGCACCCCUAGCAUAAGAGCAAAUGGAGCCAAAGGGAAUAAAUGCAACAACAGCUGUCAACAAAAAGCACGGACUUUGGACUCCAAGUUGAAAAGGGCCCUUCCCCAGAACUGUUUUCUAAACAAGACAGCUCCCAGAACUCAAGCUGGUGGCACAACCAUAAAUGGAAGAGGACUCCCAAAUGGGACCCAAACUAAUCCAAAUCAGAAGACCACAGCAGAGGAUCGAAGGAAACAGUUGGAAGAAUGGCAGAAAUCGAAGGGAAGGAUCUAUAAACGGCCUCCUAUGGAACUUAAAACAAAAAGAAAAAUAAUAGAGGAAAUGAAUAUUUCAUUCUGGAAGAGUAUGGAAAAAGAAGAGGAAGAAAAGAAAGCACAACUUGAACUAUCCAGUAAAAUUAACAACACUCUGACAGAAUGUCUACAGCUCAUUGAAGGGGGUGUACAUUCUAAUGAAAUAUUUGCCAUUUUGUCCAGUAUUCCUGAGGCUGAAAAAUUUGCUAAAUUCUGGAUCUGCAAAGCAAAGUUGUUGGCAAGUAAAGGCACCUUUGAUGUUAUUGGGCUAUAUGAAGAGGCCAUUAGAAAUGGGGCCAGACCAGUACAAGAGUUGCGGGAAGUUGUCCUUAAUAUUUUGCAAGACGCAGGCAGAACCACAGGAGGAAUUACCUCUGACUCUUUAGCUGCUGAAACUAAUAUAACAUCAAUAGAAAUGCUGGCCAAGAAGAUGGAGUCUGGGAUGUCUUGUCUUUCUCUAAAAGAGAGGGAACAGGUCUUAGCAACACCCCAAAUAACCAAGUCAGAACAGGAUAAUCAUCCUGGUAUCAAAUUACAGAUCGCCCCGAUCCCUAGGAAAAUUCCAAACAAAAGCACCAAGACCACAGUUCCGUAUCUUCGUUCUCUGGAAAGCACAGCUGGGCCUCUUCCAGUCUAAACUCCCGUCUCAGACCUGUCAUUUCCCCACUGUAGUCAGCUCGUGGGUGGAUGAAGGCAGGCAGCUGACGUGAAGACCACCUCUCACUGUCUCCGGGAUUGAUGAUGAGCGUUUUCAGCAGACCGGCCACGAGUUUUGUGAGGCUAAUGUGAUCAGUGGUUUUGUGAUGUGUGACCGGGAUUCACUGCGUGGAAAGGUCUUUGCAUCUUACCCUCCAGGCUGCCUGUGAUUGGAAUGCAUUCAAGGUUACCAGAAAGAUGCCUGAUUUGUUCCAGUUUCAAUUUGUGGUUUGGUCCACCAUCUUACAAGAUGUUUUUUGAAUAAUUUACUGUCAAAAGCUAGAAAGAAUCUUAGAAUUCAUUAGUCCAGCCUCAUUUGGUGUUAGGCCCAAUUUCCUCAAAACCCGUCAGCUCUUUGAAAGUUUAUGGAAUAGACAAACACCAACUGCCAAGUAGCUGACUUCAAAUAAAACCACACUUAACACUUAAUUCAAUUAAAUCCCUGUGCUGACACCGUCUGA